AUGGGGCUGGAGACUGUGCGCAAGACCCACCUCAACCCACCAACUCGGGGUGGCUAUGUCCCUAUCCUGGCUAUCCAGAACCUCCGCUCUUUCAACUCCUUUGCUGAUGCAAGCAAGGGUGAUGACCUGCUUCCUCCUGGCUGUGAGGACUAUAUUCACAUAAUAAUUCAACAGAGAAAUGGCAGAGAGACCUUUACUACUGUCCAAGGGAUCGCUGAACCUGGGGAAGGUGAAUUGUGUCCAUCUACAAUUAAAAAUUUUUUUAGUAAGGAAAAGAAGAAAUAUGCCUGCAAGUGUACCAUAAUCGAACUUCCAAAGUAUGGAGAAGUAAUUCAGCUGGAGGAUGACCAGCCCAAAAACACAGGCCAGUUCCUGCUAGAGACUGGACUGGCUAAAGGCCAGCAGGGGAAGGAUUGUGGGUUUUGGGGGGGGGGGAACACCCGUAUUGCCCCUGGGGAGGAGCCUGCCUUCAGGGGUAAAGGUGAGAAGACUGGAAGUGACUGCAGCCGGCUUGGAAGGAGACGGGCGGCUGCCGUGCUAACCUGA